UCUUCAGCUUCCGUACUCACGUGUGUGUGUGAAGUUGUGCACAUGAUGAGUUGUUUUGGAAUACAAGGACGAAAUAAAGUAGAUUGCAGUUGUUAAGUACUAGGUUUACUCGUAAUGAAAUAUAAACAUUUUUAAUUGAUUAUGUUUUUAAUAAUUUCAAUAGCAAAAUGAGGCUCCUACAGAUGUAUUGGAGGACUGUGUGUUCAUGUAAAGAGCGGAUGAUUCACAGAGCACACAAACACUCAACAGCACAGCUCUCAGAGAAGAAACUGAGCCGGUAUUUUGUGGAUCAUCGCAGGGUAAAGGUUGUGGCAGGUGCAGGGGGCGAUGGAGCUUCCACCUUCCACAGUGAGCCCAGGAAAGAGUGGGGUGGUCCAGAUGGGGGUAAUGGCGGUUCUGGAGGAGACAUCAUCCUUAAAGUGCAUCCACAUGUGAAAUCACUUGCCUCGGUGGCAGCAGUGUAUCAUGGAAAAAAUGGAGAGGCAGGAAGGAGUAAAAACCGCUAUGGACGGAAUGCCAGUCCCACCUACAUUUUAGUUCCUAUGGGCACCAUUGUAAAGGAAGAGGGUAAGACAGUGGCAGACCUCUCGCGUCAUGGGCAGCUGUAUACUGCUGCCUAUGGAGGUGCAGGGGGCAAGGGGAACCACUUUUUUUUGUCCAAUGAAAACAGAGCUCCAACUACCGCCACGCCAGGAGACAAGGGACAGGAACGGAUCUUUCAGCUGGAGCUGCGUACCAUGGCCCAUGCAGGAUUGAUUGGGUUUCCAAACGCAGGAAAGUCAUCUCUCUUACGUGCCAUAUCUAAUGCCCGACCAGCUGUGGCAGCUUACCCCUUUACCACACUAAACCCUCACGUGGGCAUUGUUAAAUACAGAGACCACGAGCAGGUGGCAGUAGCUGACAUUCCUGGGCUGAUUCCAGAUGCUCAUUUGAAUCGUGGCCUUGGAAUUUCUUUCCUACGACAUGUUGAGCGCUGUCGUAUUUUGUUGUACGUACUGGACAUGUCUUCUGCAGAACCCUGGGAGCAGCUGCAGCAGCUGUGCUUUGAACUGGAACAGUACAAAACCGAACUGUCACACAGACCUAAUGCCAUCGUGGCCAACAAAAUGGACUUGCCGAAUGCUAGGAAGAACCUUGAGGCUUUAAGGGAGCAUGUGGAUCAGCGGAUCAUUCCUGUUUCUGCACUAACAGGAGACAACAUAGAGCAGCUCAUCCUACACUUGCGAGAGCUGUACGACAGCUACCCGUUGGACAGUCACAAGUGAUAUUGCAGAAAUUCAUAAAGAUGAUUAUCUGGUACAGGGGUCUCCAACCAUCAUGCAGAUUUUAGCUUCAACCCCAAUCAAACACAGGUGAAGCAGUUAAUCAAAGUGUUUAGGGUUGCUUGAUAAUUACAGACAGGUGUGUUGGAGCUGGGUUGGAUCUGAAGUCUACACAACGGUAGCUCCCCAGGAUAUAUGUUUAAAUAAUUAAACAUUAUUUAAGGAAAGCAAGUUUUGAAGUUUUCAUACAGAUAAAAUGUUGUAAAUGUGAGGAAAACCUGAAAUUCCAAUAAAAUUCCAAAAAGCAAACGA